GUUUUCCUGAGUUCUGCGAUGUCGUGUGAGAGCCCGAAGGCCAACAUGGAUGAGCAGGGCGGGGUGGGGAUGCCGGGUAGCGACGCGAGCCCCAGUCAGCUGCUGCAGCUCGACAUGGAAGAGCUCCAGAGGCUGCAGGAGCAGUUCCACACACCCAACCACGUGCUCGUCACCCUCAACAUGGAGGAGUGGCUCGCCGCCUUCUCGUUCAAACUCGCCACCCUUUCCCCAGCCAGGCAGCAGACGUACAAGCACGACCUGACCUUGCUCUUCCAGGCAAACAAAGCAAAACAAACAGACAAACAGACAAACAGAGAGCAGAGCAGUCUGUAUGACAUUGUGUCUGCAGAAGAUAGACGAGAGUUGCAAAGACGAGAUCACUUGGGACGCGUUUACCGGCUUCAUGCUGAGACACCUGCCUGUCGGCGGGUCGGAGAUGGGCGCCGACGUCGACGGCGGCGACUUUGCGACGGUGGUCAAGACGGAAGGCCCGGCGGGUGGCGUGGCCAGCCCUGAGAGGGAGCAACACUCGGACUUCAUCAACAAGAUACUCGUCAUCAGUGACAAAGACGCCAGCACCCAGGCGACGUCAAGCGAAGCUGCCUCGAGCGGCGGCCGCCCUCCCGUCGCUGCUGGCAACCGCUUCGCCGCCCGAUACGUCACUGCAGGUAUGUAUCACAUCACACACAGAGAGCCACCUAAACACAGAUGCGUGUGUGUGUCCAUGGGUCCAUCCGUCCGUCCAUCCGUCUGUCCAUCCGUCCGUCCAUCCGUCCAUCCAUCCAUCCGUUCAUUUCAUCAGGUCGUGACGGCACUCUGCGGGUGUGGUCUCCUACGUUUCAGCUGCUGCGCCGCACGAGCCUCGGUUCCCACCGGCGGUGGUUCACGGACAUCUGCUGGCUCAGACGCAGCCAGCGGCUGUGCGCCGCGGCCGCAGACUUCACCCUCUUCUUCCUCGACGGCAAUGUGGAGCGGUGCAUCGGCAAAAUCGAGACGGGCGUGGCCACACCCACUUGCCUCGCAUACACCGACAGCGGCCUUGCCUGCGCCUCACACCAAGAAAUACUCAUGGUAAAAGAGUCACAAUGACAAGCACACCACCUAUAUGUGACUCACCAUGGGGUGUAUGUGUCUCUGUGUUUCGGCUUCUCUGUUGUGAUGCUGCAACGAAGGUAGGUAGGCGACGGUCACGGUGUGGUGACACUCUACACCCUUGACACCCUCGCGGCCGCCGACCAGUCAUCGACGGGCCACACUCUGCCCGAACUGCGCUCAUUCAACUCCUCCGCAUCGCUCCACGGGUCGGGCUCUCGCGCAACCAGCCCUAGCAGAGACAUGGCCGACCACGCCAAGGACCUGCCACCCGUUCCCCUGCCGCAGAAGAGCGGCAGCAGAGACAGCUAUGACGCCGCAUCAGCAGCCGCAGGGGCGAGUGGGCAGCCGAGGGAUGUUGAGCAUGACAGUAGACGGAUGAAAGGAGGGGCGUCUGGCGCUGUGCUCAACACGGGCGCGUUGGGAGCAGGGCGGAGCUACAGCGACCAGCGGGCGGCGGGACUUGUGACGGUCGAGCAGAUCCUCCACACACCCAGGCCAAUCCGACCACUGCCGCACAUCUGCAAGUGAGACUUACAUGCAAACAAUGGAAGAUAGGAUACUGUCGCUGCCUGCUCAUCCAUCCAUCCCAUGCCAUGUGUCACAUCACAGGACGCGCUAUCACGACAAUUGGGUGACAAAGGUGGGGUUCGUGCCCGACCUGCAGUCGAUGGUCACAUCCGGGCUCGACGGCAUCAUCAACAUAGGCGACAUACAAGUAAGGUGGGCGCAAUUGACUGACCGCUUCAUGGCCAUCCAUGGUAUGAUGUGCCUCUUAGACGAACAAACGGAAGCGCGACCCCAUCCGCCUGCAUCGCCGCGGCGUUUAUUGCUGGCAGUGGUGGGCACAGACAUGGAGCGGCCGGACAGCACACAUGCAUAUGCAUGUCGGUGCAUUGAUUGAUGUGUGGGUGUGGUGUAUGGCUGGCCAUAGGUGUUCGACGUUUCAGUUGUUUGCGUCCGGGGGUCAGGACCGCGAGAUCCUCAUAUGGAACCCAUACACCGUCAAGCCGCUCAACUUCCUCCACGGACACUCCGCACCCAUCAAGCACCUACUGCUCAACGAGGCACGCCGCCCCACCCCUGUGUCAAACCCGCCCCAUCUCAUCCGUCUCUCUCUGCCUCUGUCGCUGCUUAUGGAUGCAGCCGUGUUUCCAGCUGAUAUCUGCCUCGUCCGACAAGGUCGUGAAGGUGUGGGACAUCCGCAACUUCCGCUGCAUGCAGACCCUCACCAUGAAGGACAGCGACGACACCCAUCCCAUGGUGGACGGCGGGCUCGACGCCACCGGCGACGAGGGCUUCACCUCCAUUGCACUCCACUGCGGAUACGAGCGAGAGGGACAGGACACAGCCGGUGGGGCUGCUGGCAGUGCUGGCAGCGAGACACGGCUGCUCCUAACCGACAGGAAAGUGCACUGCUGGCCUCUCUCUGUGCCGACGGAACACUUCAAGAGUCACAGACGUCCGGUGGUCAAGGCGCUAUACAAUGCAAAUUUCCAACAGGUAUACGUACAACGAAUAGGACCGGGCAUGGCAUAAUAUCACUGUGGGGCUGGCUAUCUGGUGUGCUGCCUUCAGGCGGUGAGUGGCGACAUCAGCGGGACAGUGCGUGUGUGGGACCUCAAGACGGGAGCACUCCUUCUGCAGUUCCAUCAAGCACACGGCAAAGACAAGGCACGCACGCACCACAACCACAAGCACGUACACGUGUCUCAUGUGCAAAAGAUGAUGUAUGCGUGUAUGCAGCUGACGAGCAUGUGCUUCGACAGCACCGAGCGUCGGCUGCUCACGGCCUCCGACAACGGCACCGUCAUCUUGUGGAACUUCUCAUCGGGCCAAGCCAUUCGCACCUUCGCUCUCCACGAGCAACACCCCACCGAGCUGACCGAGCUGCGCGUCUUCUGCGAGACACCACAGCAGCGAGAUGAAGACGCCCAGCCGACCCACACGCACCAGCAGCAGCAGCAGCCCGUGGCCCGCAAAAAUAGUGGCGAGAGCAGCAGCAGCAGCAGGGAGCCACGGCAGCCAGCCCCAUCCCCCGCUCCACCCGCCUUGAUGCGGCGGCGUCGGUCAUCUCGCGGCAAGGAGAUGAGCGAGCUGGUGGUGGGGGUCGGCGUGGACAAGCGGAUAUAUGUGUGGCCGCACAGCAAGCGGGAGAAGAUCACGGUGCAGAUGGUGCUUGACGAUCCCACCAACGACGCUGAGGGCGACAUGACGUCAUUCUGCUGCUGCCCCGCCUAUCAGAGCCUCGUCAGCGCCGACUCGGACGGAUUCAUCUACAUAUGGAAGAUACAGGUACGUGUGCCUUACUUACAAGUAAGGCAGAUCGAUCUGCCAUUCACACGCGAGGCGGCUCUCUUUGUUCGUUCUCGGUGUCUGUCUUCAGGAGUAUCACGAGCAAACUCGGCCGCUCAAAUUCCGUCUGCGGGACACUGUCAUGCGCGGCAUGUCGUCCAGCAUGCCAAUUCCCCCCUCCCCUCGCACAGUCGGGUUCUCCUCCACAAGUACCCCCUUCAACCCCCGCACCUCCUCCAUCGCCGAGACCAACCCCCGCACCUCACUCGCGGCCGACACCAACGCGCGCAGCUCACUCAUGUCUUAUACCGACACGCGCGCAUCGCGCGUCAGCAGAAAAAGUGAACAGCCCCAGGUCGCUACCUACUUGCCGCAGAUCGGGGGCAAGGGCCCACCCACUGGCUCGCUGCCUGGGUACAAGCGACUGAGUGUGGUGUCCCACCUGCCGACGCUGCCUCCCAGCCACAGCGGGACAGUGUCGCCGUCGAUGCUCAGCCCUCGGGCGGCGGGGAGCGGCAUACAGAGAGAGCAGCGGCUGAGUGUCUUUUCCACUGCUGGGCUGGGUGAGGGGGAGGACCGCACAGAGGGGUUCCUCGAAGGGCUCAAGCAGCUGCACGCGCCAGCCGGGGGCUACGCCCACCGAGUGGACCAGGUCAUCUUUCUGGAGACCAAGCAGGUCCUGGCUUCCAUCCAUGCCGACGGCUACCUCCGGUUAUGGAGCGUGGCCAAGGGUGAGCUGCUGAGCCGGACCAAGAUGCCCUUCAGCCCAUCAGGUGAGGACAGGCAACAAGAGAUGGGGGCAGGUGCUGUCGACGAACGCACCACCACACGCAAGACCACCAUCCUCAGCCCUGUCUCUUCGGGCGGCGAAGUGGGGCGAAAGUGAGUACUUGAGAGAAAAGGAAACCCUCAGCCACUCACUCUAGGCCCGCAUGCAUUCCUGUGUGUGUGUGUCAAUGUCGAUCUGGCCUGGCAGGCACGGGAGCAUGCCAGUGAACCAGCACACCCUCCCCUCCGCCCCCACCGACACAGCCCGCCCGUCCGCCGCCUCUCUGCUCAAGCGGCACACGGGCAGGCGAGUCAGCAAAAAGAAGGCCCCCAGGAUCGAGAUAUCCUCCCCGCGAUACCACAACAUCGCCCCAGACAGCCAGCGCACUGACCAGCCCGCCUCGCCCGACGGCCAAAUCGCCACCGGCGGUCAGCAGCAGAUGAGUGUGGCCGCUUCUGCCGAUCGCGUGCGGCUGACGUGCGUCGACACCAACCGCGGCAACACGGUGCUGUUGGGUGGAUCGGCGAGGGGCGAGGUGUGCAUCUGGGACAUAUCUCGGCUGGAAGGGCUAGGCAGCGUCGUCACGCCCUCUCAGGCCGCCGCUGCAGCGACAAUGUCGUUUAUCACACCCCGCAACAUGCUGCUCAAGGCCGCGGCUCAUGGGGUCGUCAUGAUGAAGAGGGGAGGGGGGGAAGACGCAACCGCCGCACCUCAGCCGCCGGCUGGAGCCUCGCAACAUGACAAGGAGAGGGAAGCCGAGACGGGCUCCGCGCGGGCGUCGACGGCUGGCGGGGGGCCGCGGAAGAGGGGCCACAGCAAGCUGGGGGCACUGAUGAUGCAGGCCGCCUCGAUGGCCAGGGCGGACGCCAUGGGCAGGGCUGAACCCAUCACGCUCACAGCCAGAACGACGCUGCACGACGAUGCGGUCAGGAGCGUUUGCCUCAUAGAAGGGGGGGUGUCGCCACAGCCAAUGACGGUAACUGGUCUCAUUCCAAGGAGCCCACACACAGCCCAUCCCUCUCUCUUUGCCUGUCUGGGUGUCUGUCUGCCUGGUCGUGUGUGUGCAGCUUUCGUGUUCGGCGACGGCCAUAGUGCUGUCGACGAUCGACGGCACGCGAGUGGGCAUCUUCUCGGAGCAGGCCUCCUCCAGAUGGGCCCUGUGGCAGCCCGACACCUACCUCGACACGCGGCUGGAGCAGCAGAGGAGGGAGCAGGAACUCGCAGCCAAGAGGGGGCGCAAGCGGACGGGCGAUGAUGAGCAGGCCCCGCUGGGGGAACAGGAGACGGCAACCAAGGAGCACGAAAGGCCGCCCUUGCCACAAAUGCCGGUGCGCUAACCCACCCCCCACUCACCCACCCCCACAGCCGACCAUUCAGGCAUGCGUCUGUCUCUUUGUGUGCGUGGUGGGUGGUCUGAUUGACGUGUCACAUCAAUCAGCGGCGGAGUGCAGCCGCUCGAGGGGGUGAUGGGGAGGGCGGCGACGAUGCCGAGGAUGGGGGUGCACCUCGCGAGCCGGGCAUGCAGGUGAGAUUCACCCCGCCAUGGAAGAAGGAGCGCACCUCACAGUCCAAGCAGAAAUCGCCCAGGAAACAGAGAACAGGUGUGUUCUUGACAUGGCGGCAGACACACAUGCAGACAGACAGACAGACACAAAUGUGCCUCCGUCCGUGUCUUGGUCUGUGCCGUCACCCCACGCAUAAAUCAAUGCACUAAUGCAGUCCAGAAGCGCGAGUGGCGCUAUGUGCCACUGACGACGGGCGGCGUCCAGACAGGCAGACUCUCCGUCGACAGGGUAACUAACGUACAGACACAAACACGAGACACACACAUGCCGCCCCCCCUCUCUCUCUGUCCGUCCAUCUGAGUGUGUGUGUCUCUCCCUUUCCUUCCCUGUCUCUGUCAUCCCCCAACAGUCGGCCCCAAUGCACGCCGGCCAUUCGUACGGCCAAAUGGCGUGCUCGCGCGUCUUCAGCGCCUUUUCGAUGGACAGUGCCCGACCCAACAUGCGGCUCAACGAGAACCUCAAGCAGGUCUACCCCAACGCCCGCGUGACCUCCUUCAUCGACAGCGGGGCCGCCAACGCCGCCGCGCUCGACAGUAGCCUUGUGGUACUGGGGGACGAGCGACACCAUCUCAUGCACAGCCGUGGGGCUGGUGGGGGGGCUGGCGGGGGGGGUGGGAAGGUUGAUGACCCGACAGGCCGUGACAGGUAUGGCUCUGGCGCGGCACAGAUGACGGUGCAGGUGGAGGAUGUGGUCAGGGGCGUGCGCAAGUGGAUCACCCAAACCACAUGACUGACAUCACAUACAUAAUCAUCAUCUACCUGUGGCUGUGGGUUCGUGUGGUGUGGUGUGGUGUCUCUUCCUCCCUCCUUUGUUUGCUCGUAUGUGCUGCCUGCCUGCCUGCAUGCGAGUGAGUGAGUGGAGGCGUGUGGGUGGAGG